AUGGAACCCCAGUCUGACACCAAGAUCACCCACCUUCUUUUCUUCAAGUCCCUUUCAGGAAAGACCCAUACCUUGAACAUCUCAAUCUCUGAGGGCGAGGACCCUGAAGCCUUUGCACUCAGCCUCGCCAAAGCCUUCAAGCUGCACUUCAACGGCUUCAAACGAGUAUUGUAUCGUGGUAUACUACUCAAAAAGCCGGUUGUCUCUCUUGUCAAGUUUUCUCAGGCAAGUAUCACUGAUACGCAUCCCAUUGACGGGGGUGAGAACAGAAUCUUCAUCCAGGAAGAAGUUCUUAAUCAUACAUUGACAGCCGCCCUGCGCAAGCCAUCUAUCUUGCGUGGCGUUGAACGCGGCAGGUUUUACCAAGGUUAUAGCCAUACUAUUGUUGGCACUGAUGGUACUGUCCCGGAAGCUGCUAUCCUAAUUCAUUUUGUUACUGACCCUUCGGCCCUUACAAUGGUAAGGAUCAUUGCCACGGUCAUCUCUGUUGGUAUUGGUUUGGGUGGAGACUUUGGCUUGUCACUGUGA